CCUUGAAGGGGUGGAGUAAAAAGCAAGCAAGAGGCCGACCUGCCGUGCUUUCAUGUGUCCGUCCAUCAGUGCGAGCAGCCCCGGACUCGCUUCGCCAUCAUUGCCCCGGAGAACCUACUUUUUUUUAAUUAGCAUUUAAUCCAACGCGUUGUAUUUCUUGUCAAACUGAACGUUGAUGACAACAACCGUGAGCGGGCGCGCACACGCUUACACGAGCCGCGUGCGUAGAGACACCUCCGAGCGGGCACGGACGAGUCCCCCGCCCGGUACAACGUCCGGCCGACUACCGAGACUUCCCCAAGAGUGGACUUCUGGGUUCCGGCGGUAGGAAAUAGUCCAUUUAAGAGGGGCUGGAGGGUGGCCUCUUUCUCCCCGAGCCACCUCCGGUACAUCUGCGCGGACCUUCUGGCACUUUCCUCGCCGAGAAACAACUUCCCGGACCGGGCGAAUCGCCUCCCUCCUUUGCGGAAAUACUCCUUGAAAACAAUGCGAAAAGGCGAGUAACCAGCACAAGUCCUCCAUUUUCCUAUUUAAAACAAGAAGAAGGAGAUCUACGCGAUUCGCUCCAAGACUUCCGGACUCGUCGUUGCUUUUCCACCCCGCAGUUUGGGCCAGCAGCUCGGGGUCUCUGCAUGAAAGCUCCCGGAGCAGCAGCAGUAGCAGCAGCAGCAGCAGCAGCAUGCCCCGGAGGAAGCAGCAAGCACCGCGGCGCUCAUCAGCUUAUGGCCUCGAAGAUGAUUUUAGCGGGGACAAGACUGACGAUGAGGAGCACCUUCAGGAUGACGGCCUUUCCCUGGACGGACAGGACGCAGACUUGUUCAACGAUGAAGAAGACGGUCAGGAUCACAUCAGUUUCCAGAACUCGCCGCUCAGCAAUGGCACCAACCCAGAUGCCGGUUACGCCUCACCAGUCAGCACAGCCAGCGAUCACCCUGCAGACCUCCAGACGUCACCCUCGGAGAAGCCAGAGGAGACCACGGAGUCGGUCAACGGCCUCUCCCUGCAGGACAGUUUAGCCAAAAUGAAAGCCGUCUAUGCAAACUUGAUCUCUGACGCCUCGUGGUCUAGCAUUGCUUUGGACAUGUUGAAAAAUAAACAAGAGGACGACAAAAACGAGAAAAGUGAUCACAAUAAGAGCAAUGGGCUCCUCAACAAUCACAGCCAGGCGAGCAUGCCGCCAAAGAACAGAUGUAGCUCAAAUAGCACCUCCACUACCACGAACAUGACCACCAGCAGUACAGCCGCAUCACGAAUGACAUUGAGCAACAGCAGUGUCAACUCGGGACUGGCCUACGACUGGCACCAGGCUGCCCUUGCUAAAACCUUGCAGCACACUCCAUACCAACUCCUUCCUGAGCCGAGCCUCUUCAGCACCGUGCAGCUCUACAGGCAGAACAACAAGCUGUAUGGGCCUGUUUUCACUGGCGCCAGUAAAUUCCGGUGUAAGGACUGCAGCGCCGCAUAUGACACUUUGGUAGGACUCACUAUCCACAUGAAUGAGACUGGACACUACCGCGAUGACAAUAAGGACACUGAGGACGAUCGUGGCAAAAAGUGGUCCAAGCCUCGCAAGCGUUCCCUCCUCGAAAUGGAGGGCAAGGAGGACGCCCAGAAAGUUCUCAAAUGUAUGUACUGUGGCCACUCUUUUGAGUCCUUGCAAGACCUUAGCGUACACAUGAUCAAAACUAAACACUAUCAGAAAGUGCCUCUAAAAGAACCAAUGCCGGCCCUCACCUCUAAAUUUGUCCCCCCUACCAAAAAGAGAACAUUUCACGACUUAAUGCCGCCUAGCUCCCCUGAUUCCGUUUCAUCGGGUAUUCCUCUUGGAGAGACACCGAAAGACCAGAAGGCUAUCAACCCUUAUGUCACGCCCAACAACCGCUACGGUUACCAGAACGGCGCCAGUUACACCUGGCAGUUUGAGGCACGCAAAGCGCAAAUUCUCAAAUGCAUGGAAUGCGGCAGUUCACACGAUACAUUGCAGCAACUGACAGCACACAUGAUGGUCACAGGACACUUUCUCAAAGUCACCAAUUCAGCUUCAAAAAAGGGGAAGCAGCUCAUUUUCGAUCCGGUCUACGAAGAGAAGAUCCAGUCCAUUCCUUUGCCGCCGACCACCACCAAACUUCCAGCUCCAAAUGGGAAGUCCCAUCCUGAAUCCCCUUUGCAGCCGGAGGAAGGGGAGGAGGAGGAGGAAGGGCAGGAAGAGGAGGAAAAUCAGGAGAGAGAGGAUGAAGAGGCAGAGGAAGCAGAAUCAGAUGUAAAAAUUAAAGAGGAGAAGGAAGAUAUGCCUGAGAAGCCUAAAAAGGGAAAACCCUACCAAUAUCUGAGAGAAGAAGACUUAGAGGAAACGCCUAAAGGGGGGCUAGACAUCCUAAAGUCGUUGGCAAACACAGUCUCAAGUGCAAUCAGCAAAGCCCAAACAGGUGCACCAACAUGGGGAGGAUACCCCAGCAUCCACGCUGCCUAUCAGCUCCAUAGCUCCCUGAAGUCCUCAUGUGCGCAGAUUCAGCCUUUAUUCAGCAACAACACAUUAAAGGCGCCGCCCUCGGACUUGUUGCAGUGUAGCCCCACAUCACCUCCCAACCACAGGAACAACAACAUGCAGGCGAUGGAAAAGUUAGUGGAAAAAGUAAGCGGAAAGAGUUCGGUGAAGGAGGAAAAGCCCUUAGAGAGGGUCAGGUGUCCUAAGUCAUCACUGACAAACUCUAAAGAAAAACGGGCUUCGCCUAAACUAAUAGAAGACAAGACCGAGUUAAGAAGCAAAGACUACCAUCCAACGGAGAUGAGAACCAACAUAAAGGAAGAGGUGAAGUCACCAAAAAAGCUUGAUGGAGAUGGCUGCAAUAACUUGAGUAUCAUCACUGACCACUCCCCUGAGCAGCCGCUAGUUAACCCUCUCAGCGCCCUGCAGUCCAUCAUGAACAACCACUUAGGGAAAGCCGCUAAAGUGACGACACCCUUUAGCGAUCCCUUUGCUAUGCUUUACAAGAUCAACAACAAACCUGCUCCAGUGAAGGAGCCUGUGACUGAAUACCAGAGUGACGAUCAGCCCAUGGAUUUGACUAAAUCAAAGGACACCAACGGAGGAACAACGGCAAGCCACAACGUUGACAACAGACAACCAGGUAGCAAAAGCCCACCUCUUCGGGAAAACGCAUUAAUGGAUAUAUCGGACAUGGUAAAGAACCUGACAGGCCGCUUGACGCCAAAGUCUACAACGCCGUCAUCCAUCUCUGACAAGUCAGACGUGGAUGGUGUAACUUUCGAAGACAGCCUUGAGGAACUGUCUCCCAUCCAAAGACGGAAAGGCCGGCAGUCCAACUGGAAUCCUCAGCACCUUCUUAUCCUCCAGGCCCAGUUUGCCGCCAGCCUAAGAGAAACCCCUGACGGGAAGUUCAUCAUUACCGACCUGGGACCCCAGGAGAGGGUGCACAUCUGCAAAUUCACCGGUCUCUCUAUGACCACCAUCUCACAUUGGCUGGCCAAUGUCAAAUACCAGUUGAAGCGGACAGGCGGCACAAAGUUUCUCAAGAACAUGGACUCCGGCCAGCCGUUGUUUUUGUGUGGCGACUGUGCUUCCCAGUUCAGAACUCCUUCCUCCUACAUCCACCACUUGGAGUCCCACCUCGGGUUCACCCUGAAGGACCUCUCCAAGCUCUCCAUAGACUUGAUAGAGCAGCAGGUGGUCAGCAGGAUGGAUGAAAAGUUGUUAUUGGGAUUCCCAGAGGACGAAGGCGCUGGCUGUGUGAAUCAGUGCAAAGUGUGCAAUCGGACCUUUGUGACUAAGCAUGCGAUCAAAUUGCACCUUUGCAAAACGCACGGCAAGGCGCCAGAGGACCAUCUCAUCUUUGUCAAAGACUUACAGUAAUGAGCGAGGGCGCUUACUAGACGUGUAUAAAGCAUCACAGCACAGGUUGUCUUGAAAACAUGCUAGCUUUAUGCCACACCGUGGAAUUAGUCACACAUGCAGAACGGCCAUAAAGGAGGAGCCCGGGGGGGUCGCACUGUUCCAAAGUUGAAUUUCUGGCAAUGCAGCCGCAGCACUACCAUGUCUUUGACUGACUGUCGCUUUUUUUUGUUAACGCACUGCAUCUUUUAUGAGCCUUUUGGGAAUCGUCCAUCUGUUGUUUUUAAAACCUGGACCACGCUCCUUCUUUUCUGUCACGGACAACUCGCCUAUUAUUUAUGAGAUGGUUUGUGCAUGUUUUCACGUUAAAGCGGAAAUUGCGUCCCGAGUUAAAAUUGAAAUUGAACAACCAUUUAAAUGAAGGAAAAUUGCUCUUCCCAGUGUAAUUUAAGCAAGUGUAAAUGACUGAAGACAUAAUCAGGCACGUGUUUGCCGUUAAAUAGCAAAAAAAAAAAAAAAAGAAGUGUUUCUCUGGUAAAGUAUCAUACCUAAUUGUUUGUACAGUAUUUGCAUUAGUUGUCAAAUGAAUGAAGUUACCGUAUAAAUAACCAGCAAGGACACUCUUGCUCUUUAUUUGUACCGUGUGCAUUUUUCUAUAAUGUUAUUUUCUAGACAAAGAUGGCUGAAAGUGUAUAAAGUUACAGAGAAAUGAUCCCGUAUUGGGGCUAAAGUGACAGAGAAUAAAGAACACAUUCUCAAGUUUAUUUGCAAUGAUGUAAUUUUAUGUUGUACAAUAAACUCCAUGGUUUCAACUGCAA